UCAGCUGUUCAACCUUGUUGUACACGCGUCCCGCUGUCUCGUCAGUCGCAGCCUGUCGAUGGUGUGUUGUUCAGAAAUCAGAACAUUACAUAUUUUUGUUGCAGACACAUAUGCUGCUGAAGACGCGCGCCAAGUCGUAACAAUUCAAAAAAAGAAGAAAGAAAAAAUGAGGCCGGAUGUGGCGGCAACACUGCCUUCCGAGUCCACAGGUCGCGGAAUCUGGCGCGGAAGAAGAGGUAACAAAAUUUUUACUAAUUCAGUGAGCCCCGAGGACGCCCGUGGCGGUACUACAAGGUAACUCGGUUCAAUUCAAGGCACCGAGGUUGGGAAGCUUUGAAGUUGAGCAUGGCUGAAACGGCUGGUCUUCUUUGCCGGAUGUCCGGGGGGUCCGGCGGGCGGGCCGGCUCAUCCCGAGGGACAAGACUCUCAAGUGCUCCAACGGGUAUCCAGUCCCCAUGGCGCUCCAUUGACGCAUUCACGUCGCAAGCUUCUUGAACCGUCCCCCCGAAUAAUUGUGUCCUUUGUCUGCCUCCCGUCGCGCGCUAUCGAGAUCACCGCGCACGCCGCAGACAGCACGACUCAAUGGCUGACCGCCUCGAUGCGAUUCCAGCGCAGCCCCAUGCAUCUGGUGGCCCCGGCGCGCCAAGUA